AUUAGUUUUCCUUACUUACUAAAAAAGUCCCAGUUGUUAAAAAUGGGCUGCACCUCUGGUUGUGUAAAGUGUUUCCUAAACACACUCAAUACUCUGAAUGCGCUUUCGGGUCUGUUGUUGAUAGGCAUUGCAACGUUGGCCAUCUCCAAGGCCCCUCUCGCAUAUAUCGUAUUCCUGUACGGUCUGGGCGGCCUUGUCUUCAUCUCCGCUAUCCUGGGAUGCUGUGGAAUCUGCCAGGAGAACGUGUGCAUGACCGCUACGUACGGCUUUAUGCUCUUGGCUCAGUUGAUUAUCAGCUUGCUGGGCAUCUUCGGCUUCAACUUCAGCGAGGAGUACAUUGAGAGGUUUGCCAUCGAGGAGAUUCAGGCCAAGUGGGACAGGGAGCUGGUUGAACCUGGUGCAAUGGACAUUCCCCAGUCAGUGUACCAAUGUUGUGGACGUGACAGCCCCGACGACUAUGUGACCAUUGGACGCCAAACGCUUCCUUCAAGUUGUUACCCCGAUUCGGAUACCCAGAAGCCACAUUAUCUAGCUGGAUGUGUCCAGAAGGCCAGCCAAAGCUUUGUGGCGCUCUUCAACUAUUCAAACGACACCAACUGGAUCGCGGUGGGAAUAACAGCUCUCAUGGUGAUUGCUGCCUUCUAUUUGGUCGGUCGUUUCCGCAAGCAACGCAUUCGCUACAACUACUAAGUACUUGAUUCAUAAUGUACUUUGGUAAUUUAUUUCGAACCCGAAAUUGUAUUUUAUUGUUUAAAGUCAUUCAAAAUUACCAAUACAUUUUUUCGUUAACCUGCAAGGAAAUUUAUAAUAUACCUACACCGAUAAAUCGAGUAAAUUCAGUACCUUGAAUAAAAUUUUCGAAUCUAUUGUUUGGUUACCUUC